AUGAGAAGGGAAGUUCAUGCGCUGUGCAAGCUUGAACAUUCCAAUGUCAUCCGUUUUUACAGGUCAUGGGUAAAGCCACCUACUUUGGGGAUUUCUGGAGAGAGGUCAUCACAACACCCUGAUGUUCCCCAUUUUUAUUAUGUGGCAAACAUAUCUAUAGAAGAUUUGUUGCGUGAUAAUGGAAAAUUGGAUAAGAAAACAUACUGGAAUAUUUCCAUGGGUAUCAUGCAAAGCUUGGUAUAUCUCCAUGGAAAAGGAUUCAUCCAUGGUGAUUUAUUGCCUUGCAACGUGUUCCUCAUGCAUGAUGGAGAAGCAAAGCUGGGUGAUUUUGGAUGUGCUCAAUGCUUUGAUGUUGAGGGUGAGAUAAAGGACUUGAAAGGUGCUAAAGAUAUAAUAGUGGAGAUGCUGUAA